AGCGAUAGUCUGGGCUUUGGGGGCGGAACUCAGAUAGGGGGCGGAGAUUCCAGGGGUGGGAAAGCCGGCUCGUCGGCGGGAGGCUGACGUCAGGGAGUGGGGCGGAGCUAACUAGAAACCGAGCCUGCGAAUGGCCAGGUCGGGCUUCCAUCAUGAGGCCGGGAGCCUCUAGGACACCGAACUGCGCUCCUGCACCGGCCGGACGUGAAGCUGCAGCCCGCACCGGGCCGGGGCCAUGGGCGCCCCGCGCUGCCCGGGUCAUGAGGACGGAGGCGGAGGCAGCGGGGUCGCCGCUCGAACCGGGGGACUUUGUGCAGCUACCUGUGCCCAUCAUCCAGCAACUGUACCACUGGGACUGUGGCCUGGCCUGCUCCAAGAUGGUGCUACGGUACCUGGGCCAGUUGGAUGAUGGAGAGUUUGAGAGUGCCCUGCAGGAGCUGCGCCUGACCCGGAGCAUCUGGACCAUCGACCUGGCCUAUCUGAUGCGCCACUUCGGCGUGAGGCACCGCUUCUGCACUCAGACGCUGGGUGUGGACAAGGGCUACAAGAACCAGUCCUUCUACAGGAAGCACUUUGACACCGAGGAGACCCGGGUGAACCAGCUGUUUGCACAAGCGAAAGCCUGCAAGGUGCUGGUGGAGAAAUGCGCUGUGAGCAUUCAGGAUAUCCAGGCCCACCUGGCCCAGGGCCACGUGGCCAUCGUGCUCGUGAACUCAGGAGUGCUGCACUGCGACCUGUGCUCCAGCCCCGUCAAGUACUGCUGCUUCGCCCCCAGAGGCCACCGCUGCUUCUGCCGCACCCCCGACUACCAGGGCCACUUCAUCGUGCUGCGCGGCUACAACCGGGCCACCAGCUGCAUCUUCUACAACAACCCAGCCUAUGCCGACCGCAUGUGCAGCACCAGCAUCAGCAACUUCGAGGAGGCCAGAACCAGCUACGGCACAGAUGAGGACAUCCUCUUUGUCUAUCUAGACAGCUGAUAGAGGGAGCCUGGUGUGCCCAGGCUCUCGGAUCCUGCCCCUCCACCCUGCUGUCCGCCCCCCAGCCCUCAGCCAGGCUGAACGUAGGAGCUGCAGCCUCAGCUGUCUGACAAAGCCGUCCUCCCCUUCACCCCCUCCCCCAGAGGAACUCUGGGAGCCGGGCACAGCCAGCCUCGCCUGCCAGCUGUUGUAUGUUCUCAUGCCGCCAGCCCCACUACUGAAGCACCUGCCGUGGUUGCUGGGGCUCUGAAGUGAACCUCUCCCAGGACUCCAAGCCAGACUCCAUCACAGCCUCUGAGGGAGUCCUUGUGGCCUUCAAGCAGGACCCCAGGAGAAGAGGAGGGGCCUGAACCUGCCUCCCUAGACACCUAGAGAGGUCUGAGCCACUGGCGGCUCGUCGAACAGUGUCUGUGUUUCCUGGGAACCUGCCCUCCUGGUCUCCACUCAUCCACACAACAUGUGUAUUUAUAGGGAGGAUGCAGCUGAUCCGGGGCUUUGCUGGCCUACAAAUGCUGCAGACCCCACGUGCACCACGUGGAUGCUACAUCACUGUCACCUCCUGCCUCUCUCUAGGCCCAAGUCACCAAAGACACUCCACCUGGUGGAGCCCUCGUCCCUGGGGACGCUGGGACCUCCUGCCACCCUCUAGGGAGCCCAGCUCUGCGGGCUGAAGGGAGGGUCCUCGUGGGGUUGGCCUGAGAGUAAACAGCAUCUAGGCCUCAGGGCACAGUGGCAGCCAGGGAUCUCCUGAUAGCCGGAAUGCCGACAGCAGAACCCAUCUUCUGGGUGUAAGGGGUCCGCAGCUCUCGAGAGAGGGUGCUAGGGUCUAUAGUCCCGCAGUGGCAGCAGAGGGCAACCUGGAUCUGAUGCCAAGACUUUGGGC